CAAAAUUCAACAGUUCUUUUACAGUUCACUUACAUUCUGCCAUCCCUUGAAAUUGUCACUCGUAAAAUAUCUGCAGUAUCUAAGUAAAAAAAUGACAAGGUGGUUGUUCAUGGUGGCAUGCCUCGGCAUAGCUUGUCAAGGCGCCAUUGUUCGAGAAAAUUCUCCAAGAAACUUGGAAAAAUCAUUGAACGUAAUUCACGAAUGGAAGUAUUUUGAUUAUGACUUCGGUAGCGAAGAAAGAAGACAAGCUGCGAUUCAAUCUGGCGAAUAUGACCAUACGAAAAAUUAUCCCUUCGACGUCGAUCAAUGGCGUGAUAAGACUUUUGUCACCAUACUAAGAUACGAUGGUGUGCCUUCUACUUUGAACGUGAUAUCUGAUAAAACUGGUAAGGGUGGACGACUUCUAAAACCAUAUCCUGAUUGGUCGUUUGCAGAGUUUAAAGAUUGCUCUAAAAUUGUGAGCGCUUUCAAAAUUGCGAUUGACAAAUUCGACAGAUUGUGGGUUUUGGAUUCAGGUCUUGUCAAUAGAACUGUACCUGUAUGUGCUCCAAAGUUGCACGUCUUUGAUCUGAAAACCUCAAAUCACCUUAAGCAAAUCGAGAUACCGCAUGAUAUUGCCGUGAAUGCCACCACAGGAAAGGGAGGGCUAGUGUCUCUGGCUGUUCAAGCUAUAGAUCUUGCAAAUACUUUAGUGUACAUGGCAGACCAUAAGGGUGAUGCUUUAAUCGUUUACCAAAAUGCCGAUGAUUCCUUCCAUCGAUUGACUUCCAACACUUUCGACUACGAUCCCAGAUAUGCCAAAAUGACGAUCGAUGGAGAAAGUUUCACACUGAAAAAUGGAAUUUGUGGAAUGGCUCUUAGUCCCGUGACGAACAAUCUUUAUUACAGUCCUCUCGCUUCUCACGGUUUGUAUUAUGUUAACACGGCACCAUUUAUGAAAUCACAAUUUGGAGAAAAUAACGUCCAAUACCAAGGAUCCGAAGAUAUUUUGAACACGCAAUCAUUGGCUAAAGCAGUAUCGAAAAAUGGCGUCCUCUUCGUCGGACUUGUGGGUAAUUCAGCUGUUGGCUGCUGGAACGAGCAUCAAUCACUUCAGAGACAAAAUUUAGAAAUGGUCGCCCAAAAUGACAGAACACUUCAAAUGAUCGCAGGUAUGAAAAUUAAGGAAGAGCUUCCACAUUUCGUAGGAAGCAACAAACCUGUAAAGGAUGAAUAUAUGUUAGUUUUAAGUAACAGAAUGCAGAAAAUAGUAAAUGAUGAUUUUAAUUUCGACGAUGUAAACUUCCGAAUUUUGGGUGCAAAUGUAAAGGAAUUAAUAAGAAAUACUCAUUGCGUAAAUAACAAUCAGAAUGAUAACAUUCAAAAUACUAACAAUCAGAAUGAUAACAAUCAGAAGAAUAACAAGAAGAAUGCUAACAAUCAAAAGAAUAACAAUCAGAAUGAUAAUUAAGUUGGUCGUUUUUCAAAAUUGCAUUAAAAUCAAUUAAUUAUGAUGUAAACUAAAUAUCUUUUGAAAUAUUUUCUCAAUAUAAACCAAAUAUUUUGUAAAAAUCUUUUUAAAUUAUAUUAUAAAUGAAUAAAAUAUUGUUUUUUGCAUAA